UAGCAACAAAAUAAUUACAAACACGGCGGCCAAUCACAAACGACGGGAGGCGUGCCUUACAUUCAGCCUUUCUGAAUGUUUACUUCCGUCAAUAUUCAAAGAAAAGCAGAAAAUUAUCAUCAUAACAAAGGAUUCGCUAUCUCUGGAGCAGGUGGAAGAUGCCGUUCUUGGGCCAAGAUUGGAGAUCACCAGGCUGGAGCUGGAUCAAAACUGAAGACGGCUGGAAACGCUUUGAAUAUUUCAGCCACAAACUGGGAGACAACAUCAAUGAACUUUCCUUGGAAGAAUUGGACAAUGACAAGGAGAAUGUCUACGUGGGAGAUGUCUGUGAAGUAGCUGCCAAGAAGAGAAAAAAAGACUUCUUCAACAACAACACUAAGUCACAGUUUUUGUUCCAGGAGAGGUGGAUCUACGUUCAGAAGGAGAGUACGCGAGAGAGGCAUGGGUACUGUACGCUUGGGGAGGCCUUCAAUCGUCUAGACUUUUCCAGCGCCAUUCAGGAUGUGAGGCGAUUCAACUAUGUGGUCAGACUUCUGCAGUUGAUUGCCAAAUCCCAGCUGACGUCUUUGAGUGGAGCUGCUCAGAAAAACUAUUUCAAUGUCCUGGAGAAGAUUGUGAGAAAAGUUCUGGAUGACCAUCAGAACCCACGACUGGUCAAGACGUUGUUGAAUGAUCUAAGCUCCACACUCUGCAUCCUCAUCCGAGAAGUUGGGAAGUCUGUGCUGAUCGGCAACAUCAACAUUUGGGUCUGCCGUUUAGAAACCAUCUUAAACUGGCAGCAGCAGCUCAACAAUUUACAAAUUCCAAAGCAAGUUUCAAAUGGCAUGACACUGAGCGACCUCCCUUUGCACAUGCAAAACAACAUCCUGUAUAAGUUUAGUGAUGCCUGUGACAUCAUCAGUCUGGGACAAGCCACACCAACACUGCAAAUGCUCAGUGAGGACCGGCGACUGUGGAAGAAUCUGUGCCAGUUUCAUUUUGCUGAGAAACAGUUCUGCAGGCAUUUGAUUCUGUCAGAGAAGGGCCAUGUGGACUGGAAGCUGAUGUUUUUCACACUUCAGAAAUACUACCCUCAGAAAGAACAGUAUGGAGACACUCUGCAGUUCUGCAAGCACUGUAGCAUCCUCUUCUGGAAAGACAGACACCUGGCUUUGAUUUUUAAGGACUCGGGACAUCCUUGCACAGCGAACGACCCAGACAGCUGCCUCACCCCCGUCUCUCCUCAGCACUUCAUAGACCUCUUCAAGUUCUGAAAUUCAGAAUGUUCUUGGACCUCUCACCUUUUGAUCUCCUUUGCAAACAAACACCUCUAACCAAGACUCUGAAACUGAUCAAAUAUUUUCGACUUUUCAACUCUGUGCUCCAAACCACGUCCUUUCCUCUCCUCUUUUACGUUUCCCAGACGGUCGUUCUGUGAUUAAAACAUUCAAACUUCCCGAAAACGUAACUAAUGAUUGAAUUUUCUGUUGCCUCACCCAAACUUUAAGGGCUUAUGGAAAGAUGUCAUAAUAUUAGUGUUUCUUUUGUAUUGUCCUUUUUUUUUUUUUUUUCUCGUUGCGUUCUCAGAGAAUUCAUUUGCUCUUUAAGCACAGAAAGAUGGGAGAUGAACAGCAAAAAUAGGCGAGAUAUGUGAAGGAUUGUUUGUGAAAAAAGGAAAAAAAGAACAAACUUGCUUUUGGGAAAGACAAACUGAAGCGAAAAGUGUGGGAGAUCCUAAGCAGAGGUUAUCUUGUCUUUUUGCGUAUGUAUUUUCCUUUCUAUACCAAUGAAAUGCACGUCAGAAGUAGUCGUAGGUUAAUGUUUACGUGGGUUCUCGUGUUGUUUUGUCAUGCUGUGCGUAUAUAUUUGAUGCGUUAACACUAAAGUGUACAUUUGCUGCACAAAACAACUUUUUACGAUACACUUUUGUCAAAUCUGUCGUGAGGGCAGAUGGAAAAUCUAAUGUAAGCUUUGCUAUUUAUGAACAAAUGUAUUUUAUAUCCUUUCUCUGAACUUUGUAAUAUUCCUUUACUACUCCAGUAAUAUAAAUGUCAUUGAAAUGGGUUAAGUGUAGGAUGUAUUUGGUACUAUCAAGCAUCUGCAAGAAACAUGGUUACCUAAAAUAAUUAAAACUUUUGUGAAAUAGCCUAGGA